UACAUCGGUUGCUAUACUGACAACGACUACCGCGUGCUACGAGACGGCUACAAACAAGACAACAACAUGACUCGCGAUAUGUGUGCGGCAUUUUGCAAGGGCCGCAAAUACUACGGUGUCCAGUACUCGCGCGAGUGCUUCUGUGGUGACUCGUUCGAGAUCGCGUCUGAAAAUGUGCCGGAGAAUAAGUGCAAUAUGAAGUGUACGGGUAGUAGCUUGAUGUGUGGAGGAUCGCAUAAGAUGAAUAUUUUUGAGAAGGUGUAUUAG